UGGGGGCGAGAACGCCGGCGGGGAGCCGGCGUCGCUCGCCGCCCCCAGACAGUGGCAAACUUCGCGGCGUUCCCGGAGCUCGUCCGGGCGACGCAGAUACCGCACAAAUAAAAUCAAAUCCAAUUCCCCCAUCCCAACCCGAAUGAUGGAGGCUGCGGCGGCCGGAGUGACCCCGCCGCCGCCAGCCCCAGCCCGUUAGCCGCGGACCAACAGCGCCACAGCGAGCGAGCGAGCGAGCGAGGAGGGGGAGAGAGGGAGUCUGUCUGCAAAGUGCUGCUCCCUGGUGCUCAGAGGCGGCUGCUCCAGCUCCAACUCUCAUUCAUUUCGCCGGUUAACAUGAGAGAUCAUGGCCGCCUUCGGGCUUCUCAGCUAUGAGCAGAGACCGCUGAAGCGCCCCCGGCUCGGGCCGCCCGACGUCUACCCACAGGACCCCAAGCAGAAGGAGGAUGAACUUACUGCUGUGAAUGUAAAGCAAGGCUUCAAUAAUCAGCCAGCCUUCACUGGAGAUGAACAUGGCUCAGCCAGAAAUAUUGUAAUUAACCCAUCAAAGAUUGGAGCUUAUUUUAGUAGCAUAUUAGCUGAGAAACUGAAGCUUAACACUUUCCAGGACACGGGAAAGAAGAAACCACAAGUUAAUGCUAAAGAUAAUUAUUGGCUGGUUACUGCUCGAUCCCAGAGUGCAAUUCAUAGUUGGUUUUCUGACUUAGCAGGAAAUAAGCCACUUUCUAUUUUGGCGAAAAAGGUUCCUAUCCUUAGUAAAAAGGAGGAUGUUUUUGCAUAUUUAGCCAAAUAUUCUGUGCCAAUGGUUCGAGCAACGUGGCUGAUCAAGAUGACUUGUGCUUAUUAUUCUGCUAUAUCUGAAGCUAAAAUUAAGAAACGUCAGGCUCCUGAUCCGAAUUUGGAGUGGACACAGAUAUCUACCAGAUAUCUUCGAGAGCAGUUGGCCAAGAUUUCUGACUUUUACCACAUGGCCUCCAGCACGGGCGAUGGCCCUGUCCCUGUGCCACCAGAGGUGGAACAAGCCAAGAAGCAAUGGGAAUACAACGAAAAGCUAGCGUUUCACAUGUUCCAGGAAGGAAUGUUAGAAAAACACGAAUAUUUGACAUGGAUCCUGGAUGUUUUAGAAAAGAUCAGACCAAUGGAUGACGAUCUUCUUAAACUCUUGCUACCACUAAUGCUGCAGUAUUCAGAUGAGUUUGUUCAGUCGGCCUACCUGUCUCGUCGUCUUGCCUACUUUUGUGCCCGGCGUCUUUCCUUGCUGCUGAGCGAUAGCCCCAACCUCCUUGCUGCCCACUCACCCCACAUGAUGAUAGGACCAAACAACUCGAGUAUCGGGGCCCCCAGCCCUGGCCCCCCCGGCCCUGGCAUGAGCCCCGUGCAGCUGGCCUUCUCAGAUUUUCUUUCCUGUGCACAGCAUGGUCCCCUGGUUUAUGGACUUAGUUGUAUGUUGCAGACUGUCACUCUCUGUUGCCCAAGUGCCUUGGUGUGGAAUUAUUCCACAAAUGAAAAUAAGAGCGCAAACCCAGGCUCACCCCUGGAUCUGUUGCAGGUGGCCCCUUCCAGCCUCCCCAUGCCGGGUGGGAACACGGCUUUCAAUCAGCAGGUUCGGGCAAGGAUUUAUGAAGUAGAACAACAGAUAAAACAAAGAGGCCGUGCAGUGGAAGUUCGGUGGUCGUUUGACAAGUGCCAAGAAUCCACAGCAGGGGUGACUAUUAGUCGGGUUUUGCACACGUUGGAAGUUUUGGAUCGUCACUGUUUUGACCGAACUGAUUCCAGCAAUUCAAUGGAGACACUUUAUCAUAAGAUUUUCUGGGCAAACCAAAACAAAGAUAACCAAGAGGUUGCGCCCAACGAUGAAGCUGUGGUGACGCUGUUAUGUGAAUGGGCUGUGAGCUGCAAACGGUCUGGCAAGCACAGGGCCAUGGCUGUGGCAAAACUCCUGGAGAAGAGGCAAGCAGAAAUUGAGGCAGAGAGAUGUGGUGAAUCGGAAGUCUUAGAUGAGAAGGAGUCUAUUUCUUCAUCCUCUCUUGCUGGAUCCAGUUUGCCUGUUUUCCAGAAUGUGCUGUUAAGGUUUUUAGAUACACAGGCCCCCUCUUUGUCGGACCCAAACAGUGAAUGUGAAAAGGUAGAAUUUGUGAACCUGGUGCUGCUCUUCUGCGAGUUCAUCCGCCAUGACAUCUUCUCCCAUGACGCAUACAUGUGUACCCUCAUAUCUCGAGGAGAUUUGUCAGUCACUGCCUCAACUCGGCCGCGGUCACCAGUAGGGGAAAAUGCAGAUGAACACUAUUCAAAGGACCAUGAUGUGAAAAUGGAGGAACAGAGUAUUAUGGCGCAUAUGGGAAUUGACUCAGGAACCACUAACAUUUUUGAUGAAGUAGACAAGAGUGACUUUAAAACUGACUUUGGUUCGGAAUUUCCAAUUUUUUCUCCUAUGCCUGGAGAAUCCUGUGAGAAUGCCAACACUUCCUUGGGCAGAAGAAUGUCAGUGAAUUGUGAGAAGUUGGUGAAGAGGGAAAAGCCAAGGGAAUUAAUUUUUCCAUCUAAUUACGACCUCCUUCGCCACUUACAGUAUGCAACACAUUUUCCUAUACCUCUGGAUGAAUCUUCAAGUCAUGAAUGUAACCAGCGCACAAUCCUUCUCUAUGGAGUCGGCAAAGAGCGUGAUGAAGCAAGGCAUCAGCUGAAGAAGAUUACCAAAGAUAUCCUGAAAAUUCUAAAUAAGAAGAGCACCACAGAGACAGGGGUUGGGGACGAAGGACAAAAAGCCAGGAAGAACAAACAGGAGACAUUUCCAACACUGGAGACUGUGUUCACUAAACUCCAGCUCCUUUCAUAUUUUGAUCAACAUCAAGUGACAUCUCAGAUUUCUAACAAUGUGCUAGAACAAAUCACAAGCUUUGCGUCAGGAACAUCCUAUCAUCUCCCUUUGGCUCACCACAUUCAGCUCAUCUUUGAUCUCAUGGAGCCAGCACUGAACAUCAAUGGACUAAUUGACUUCGCAAUACAGUUACUAAAUGAACUGAGUGUUGUGGAAGCUGAACUGCUCCUAAAAUCCUCCAGCCUGGCAGGAAGUUAUACAACAGGACUGUGUGUCUGCAUCGUGGCUGUUCUCAGGCGCUAUCACAGUUGUCUGAUCUUGAAUCCUGAUCAGACAGCCCAGGUGUUUGAAGGGUUGUGUGGUGUGGUCAAGCAUGUCGUAAACCCCUCAGAAUGUUCUUCCCCUGAAAGAUGCAUCUUAGCCUACCUCUAUGAUCUCUAUGUGUCAUGUAGCCACCUCAGAAGUAAAUUUGGAGACCUCUUCAGUGCCUGUUCAAAAGUAAAGCAAACCAUAUAUAAUAAUGUGAUGCCUGCAAAUUCGAACUUGCGAUGGGAUCCAGACUUCAUGAUGGAUUUUAUUGAGAAUCCCUCAGCCCGCAGCAUCAACUACUCAAUGUUGGGCAAGAUCCUCAGUGACAAUGCAGCCAAUCGCUACAGCUUUGUUUGCAAUACACUCAUGAAUGUAUGUAUGGGCCAUCAGGAUGCUGGCAGGAUUAAUGACAUAGCCAAUUUCUCCUCUGAGCUUACGGCUUGCUGCACUGUUCUUAGUUCAGAAUGGCUGGGGGUUCUGAAGGCUCUUUGUUGUUCUUCAAAUCACGUGUGGGGGUUUAAUGAUGUACUUUGCACUGUAGAUGUGAGUGACCUUUCAUUCCAUGAUUCAUUAGCUACUUUCAUUGCUAUUCUGAUAGCACGACAGUGUUUUUCCCUGGAGGACGUCGUGCAGCAUGUCGCACUUCCCUCUCUUCUAGCAGCAGCUUGUGGAGAUGCGGACGCCGAGCCUGGGGCAAGAAUGACAUGCCGACUCCUGCUUCAUCUCUUCCGAGCUCCCCAGGCCUGCUUCUUACCUCAAGCAGCGGGCAAACCUUUCCCUGGAAUAAGAUCAUCUUGUGAUAGACACCUCUUAGCCGCUGCUCACAACAGCAUUGAAGUGGGAGCCGUGUUUGCUGUCUUAAAAGCAAUUAUGAUGCUUGGAGAUGCCAAAAUUGGCAAUAACAGUGUCAGCUCUUUAAAGAAUGAUGACUUCACCAUGAGAGGUUUGCGAUGUGAUGGGAAUGCUGAUGAUAUCUGGACUGCCUCACAAAAUCCAAAAUCCUGUGGGAAAAGCAUUUCCAUAGAAACUGCCAAUUUAAGAGAAUACGCUAGAUACGUACUGAGGACUAUCUGUCAACAGGAAUGGGUAGGAGAGCAUUGUUUAAAAGAACCUGAAAGAUUAUGUACAGACAAAGAACUUAUAUUGGACCCUGUGCUUUCAAAUAUGCAAGCACAGAAAUUACUGCAGCUUAUCUGUUAUCCUCAUGGCAUUAAAGAAUGUACCGAGGGGGACAACCUGCAAAGACAGCACAUUAAGCGUAUUCUUCAGAAUCUUGAGCAGUGGACACUGAGGCAAUCCUGGUUAGAACUCCAGCUAAUGAUCAAACAGUGCUUGAAGGACCCUGGCUCUGGUUCUGUGGCCGAAAUGAACAACUUACUGGACAAUAUUGCAAAGGCAACAAUAGAGGUAUUCCAGCAGUCUGCAGACCUAAAUAAUUCUUCUAAUUCCGGCAUGAGCCUCUUCAACCCAAACAGUAUUGGAAGUGCUGAUACAAGUAGCACGAGACAGAAUGGAAUAAAGACAUUCCUAAGUUCCUCCGAACGCAGGGGUGUAUGGUUGGUGGCCCCCCUCAUCGCCAGGCUGCCAACUUCUGUGCAAGGAAGAGUGCUGAAAGCUGCUGGGGAAGAGCUGGAGAAGGGACAGCACUUGGGUUCUUCUUCCAAAAAGGAAAGGGACAGACAGAAACAGAAAAGUAUGUCUCUUUUGAGUCAACAACCCUUCCUCUCACUGGUACUUACGUGCCUUAAGGGACAAGAUGAACAAAGGGAAGGCCUCCUAACAUCUCUCCAGAAUCAAGUUAACCAGAUUUUAAGUAACUGGAGAGAAGAACGAUACCAAGAUGACAUAAAAGCACGGCAGAUGAUGCACGAAGCAUUGCAACUCCGCCUAAAUUUGGUAGGAGGAAUGUUUGACACGGUGCAGAGGAGCACCCAGUGGACUACAGACUGGGCCCUCCUACUCCUUCAGAUCAUUACUUCAGGAACUGUUGACAUGCACACUAACAAUGAAUUAUUCACAACAGUUCUUGACAUGCUGGGUGUUUUAAUCAAUGGAACAUUAGCCUCUGACCUAUCAAAUGCAUCCCCUGGGGGAUCUGAAGAGAACAAGCGUGCAUACAUGAAUUUAGUAAAGAAACUGAAAAAAGAGCUAGGAGACAAGCGAUCAGAAAGUAUUGACAAAGUUCGACAGUUACUACCUUUGCCGAAACAGACAUGUGAUGUCAUCACUUGUGAACCUAUGGGUUCCUUGAUUGACACAAAAGGAAACAAAAUUGCUGGAUUUGACUCUAUAGAUAAAAAACAGGGUCUCCAGGUCUCUACGAAGCAGAAGGUGUCCCCGUGGGACUUGUUUGAGGGUCAGAAGAACCCAGCUCCUCUGUCCUGGGCCUGGUUUGGGACAGUCCGAGUGGACCGAAGAGUGAUCAAGUACGAGGAGCAGCAUCACCUCUUGCUCUAUCACACACACCCCAUGCCCAAGCCCCGCAGUUACUACCUCCAGCCACUGCCCCUGCCUCCUGAGGAGGAAGAGGAAGAGCCCACAUCUCCAGUUUCUCAGGAACCAGAAAGGAAGUCAGCUGAGCUGUCAGAUCAGGGAAAAACCACAACAGAUGAAGAAAAGAAAACAAAGGGAAGGAAGCGCAAGACGAAAUCUAGCUCAAGAGUUGAUGAGUAUCCACAGAGCAACAUAUACCGAGUGCCUCCUAAUUACUCGCCUAUCUCCUCCCAAAUGAUGCACCAUCCACAGUCCACCUUGUGGGGUUACAACCUCAUGGGCCAGCCCCAGCAGCCCGGCUUUUUCCUUCAGAACCAAUCUCUUGCUCCAGGUGGCUCCAGAUUGGACCCUGCAGGCUCCUUUGUCCCAACCAACACCAAACAAGCUCUGUCAAAUAUGCUACAGCGGCGCUCGGGCGCCAUGAUGCAGCCGCCUUCUCUUCAUGCAAUCACAUCACAGCAGCAAUUGAUACAGAUGAAGCUUCUGCAGCAGCAGCAGCAACAGCGGCUUCUCAGGCAAGCCCAGACUCGGCCUUUCCAACAGGGCCAGCCGGGGGACCAGGCUGCUCUCUUUGCUGCGCAAGCACGGCCCUCCCCUCAGCUCCCUCAGUAUCCAGGGCUGCAGCAAGCACAGAACAUGCCACAGGGCUAUACUAUGUAUGGGACACAGAUGCCUUUGCAGCAGACAUCGCAGCAGCAGGCUGGCAGUGUGGUCGUGUCUCCCAGCUAUAACUCCAGAGCCUAUCCAGCCGCACAUUCCAACCCCGUGCUAAUGGAAAGACUCAGACAGAUUCAGCAGCAGCCGAGUGGCUAUGUUCAGCAGCAGGCCUCACCGUACCUGCAGCCCCUGACUGGCUCUCAGAGACUGAACCAUCAGGCUCUACAGCAGAGCCCUCUGGUGGGCGGGGGAAUCGAUGCUGUGCUGACUUCUGCACAUCCAAACCUUCCCUCCGUGCCCCUGCCUCAGGAUCCCAUGAGACCCAGACAGCCGCAAGUUCGACAGCAGCAGAGACUCCUCCAGAUGCAGCAACCCCAGCAGCCCCAGCCCCAGCAGCCUCCCCAGCCCCAGCAGUCCUCGCAGCCCCAGAGUCAGACCCUUGGUCUCCAAGCAAUGCAGCCCCAGCAGCCCUUGUUUCCCAGGCAAGGCUUGCAGCAGACCCAGCAGCAGCAGCAGACGGCUGCCUUGGUGCGGCAGCUCCAGAAGCAGCUUUCCAGCAACCAGCCACAGCAAGGAGUAACUCCGUAUGGGCAUCCUUCACACUUCUGAAUCUGCAAGAGGAGAAGACAUGACGUUUUAUGUUUGCACUGAAAAACAGAAAAUCAAAUUUAAUGCAUUAGUCAUCUUAAAAAUGUCCCUUUGUUUUUUCAUUUCUUUGACAUUUUACUAUAUUUUAUGCUACAUCUCACAAAAAAAAAAAAAAGGUAUUUAAACAAAAAGCCAAGGAGAAGUUGUGGUUUGAUUUUGUUGAAUUCACCUUUAAAGUAGGUUUACAAAUGUGAAUCAUGCAGGCAGGCCUACUCCCGGAAGAGUGUGCUAGCAGACCUUUUGAAAUUGGUGCUUUUUUUGAAUCUCACAUUUCUAGAAAGAAUGGAUUAUGAUGGAUUUAAAGUAUUUAUGUAUUUCAUUCAUUAAUGAUGAAGUUUUUUUUUUUUUUUAUUUUCCAAACUGUGCUGGACCAAACUACUGAUUUGAAAGGCAUGUCAGAUCUUGACAGAAACAUGGCCUGUUUAUUCUGCAUUCACCUGUGAUGGUGAAACGGACAUUUAUUUGCAUCGCUCUAAUUUGAAAUGUUUGUAAUCUCAUAAGCACUUUAUAAACUUUGUUCUUAUUUAUGUAGGACUUUGCUUUUGUUGUGGUCAAAAGGUGCUGAAACAGAUUGUUGCUUAGUACUUAAACUUCUUAAACCAAGAACCUAAACCAAGGUUUCUUUGAGAGCCGCCCUAAGAUGUGCGGAAACCUGUUAGAAGUAGCUGUACUCAAAUUUGUUUUGAGGCAAGAUCAUCGAUGAGAGUCAUUGUGAAGGUACAACAUGUAAAUCCUAAAGGCCUGAAAGAACUGCAGUGGAAUCGUCCCAACUAUUUUUUGCCAGUUUUGGUUCUCUUGAACCUUAUGCCACCUUAAGGGGAAAAAAAAAUCCAGUAGCUGGCUUGAGAUUCCAGUGCUCACGCUUGACAUGGUUUCCAGAGAAUCUGGCCCCAAAGUCCAGAAGGCUCUGGUUUUCAUAAAAGGUGUAUUUGCUGUUUAUUUUGUAUGGUAAGUAUUUGCUAUUUUGAAUUUAAUUAUUACUGUCAGUGUCAGUCUUGGUUGUGUAUUGCAUAUACUGUAUUUAUAAAUUGGUGCAAAAAGCACAAGUAAAUUACACAUCAAAUUUAUUAUAAAGAAAUAGUAACUAUUUUAACUUUGUUCAAGUAUGUGGUAAUUUGCUCCUAUUAGAGUAAAAAAGAAACCAGUAAAUUAUCAGUUUGUGUAACUUAAGAGUAUUCCAUAUAAUAUUUUUUUAGAUUUAGAUGCAUAAAAUUUUGAAUGUGAAAAUUGCAGGGCAUUUUAAAACAUAUGUGGGGGAUAUUUUCCCAUGUUCUCUGUUAUUUCAUCUUCUUUUGCCAUAUGAUUUUACAUAUAGUCAAGCAUACUGUGAAUAGACUUGUCUAUAAUGAGCAGACCAUGUAAAUCUACUUUUUUAAAAUGUAGCUAGUACAACUUUAGUAGACAUUUUCUUUUGCAAAUCAUUAUAUAUAAAUAAUUUAUAUCUUCCUAGGUGAGUUACUCAUUGCAAAGUUUGACUCAUGCAAAUGACCUCAAAUACACGUCAGCUUACUUUGCUGUGGCAACAUCCAUGUGAACUGCUUUGUACACUGUGAAAAUAUUUCACUCCAGCCUGCCCAUUUUGUGUUUACUCUGGGCUGGAAAAGACUUUGCCAAAACAUUAAAAACCAUUCUUUUCACUAAAUUAAUAGUCUAUCUGCUUUCAGAAGAUGUAUCUGUACACAUUUUUGCUGGUUUUGUGUAUCAGAUUUUUUCCUCUCAAGAAUCAUACUUAAGAUAAGCUAAUGAAGUUGUUUUCUUCAAAGUAAUCUAUCUAUCUGUAUAAUGACUGCAUUGGCAAAACAACCGAAAUGUGAAUGUUGUGCCUAGUGAGUGAGUCAUGUUCCAUGUUUGUUAUUUCUUUCCAAAUUUCUUUGCCAGUUCAGUUUGAACCAUAUAUUUUGUAGCUCAGCAUUGCAAACAACAGUAAUACUGUUUUAAGAAUGAGUGUUAUAAUUGCAUAGCAUUUGUAUGCACUUUAUACUUUGCAGAGGUGAGUUAAAUUAUUAAUCAUUUUGCACAUGAAAGCCGUGGGGCAUAUAUCUUUGUUCUUUUUUUAGGUGAGGAAGUUAGUUAUGCUACGACUCUAAUUCCAAGAUUCUAUUGAAAGUUGAGGAGUGCUGUUUUACCCCUGCACAUUAUAAAGAAAAUAACUAGAAUUACUUUAGUCUUCAGAUUUUCUCCCUGUUAAUUCUGUAUCUAUCUUGAGAGGCUUUUUUUCUUUCUUUUCUUUUCUUUUCUUGCAAAUGCAUUCUUUUGCAUUAAGAUGGUCACAAGGGAAAGCCCUGUGGCAGAACCUGGUACUUUACCUUACCAGAGGAAAUCAUCUUAGAAUAAGAUGGAGACCCCAGCUCCCCUUAAAGACAAGACCUUGAAAUCAAAUGGAGUCAGCUAUACCUAUCAAUCACAAUUCUUGGAUAUAAGAAACCCAUAGACGCUCUUGUUUACACUGUAGGCUUUUUCCUAAUAGGGUUGCAUUUGUCACUGCAUUUACCCUUCUUGGCCUGGAAGUAGAGGAGAUCAAUUUCAAUGCGUAUCUUUGACCACUUCCAGCCACAGGGUACUAACAAACAUCAGACAUAAGUAAGUUGCAACCAGGUCACAUUUUAGGCUUAAAUGGGGCUAGCUGAAAGUCAGUGUGAUGAAAACCCAAGGGCGCUAUUCCACAUGUCUCAAAUGAUUGGCAGGGGCUAACAUAUUAGUAAUAAUUCUCGGUUUUGUGCACUGAGAUAUCUAAGACCUAUGGCAUUUUUUCCCCCAUUUAUAAAGCUCCUAUAAUUAAGUACUAGGUGAAUGUUUGAAUAGAUGCUGGAGAAAUUAUUACACUGGAAAACCCCACCCCUAGAUUUAGAUAAGAUCAAUCAUAUAAUAUUCCCCAAAUUAAUUCAGGUUGAAUUAUUAAGCAUGUAAUAUAAAUUCAGUGAAUUACAAAAACACCACAACAUUUUGUGUAGGAUUGAUCAGAUUUUUAAAUACAGUGAAACUUCAUUAUAUAUAAUAGAUCUAGACCCUCCCAAGCAUUUUCCCAUCCCAUAAAGAAUUAAUGAAAUGAAAUGCUUAUAGAGCAACGAUUCCUCCUCAGAAAAAUUUUCCUAUAAACAAACAGCUCCAAACCAGGGGUGCCUGAGCUAGAUUUUGAAGUUAUAAAGAAGUUUCAUUGUAGUUUUAAAACCUUUUUAAUGGGUGUAUUUGGACAAAAAUAAUCAACCCUCUUCACAUUUUAUGAUGUGCAGGUAUUACAUUGCUUUUUACAUGUGGAAAAGUGAGCCUGCAUUUAUUUUUAAAUGCAGUUAUUAAAACAUUUUUGUAUUCCCCAUCAAUGAAAAUUUUCAGUGUGAACAAAUGGUGAAUCAUAAUCAAGACAGUUCAGUGCUUAUUUUCUGUAGGUUUUAGCAAAAAGAUUUAUAAACCACAAAAUAUUUAUACAUCAGGAUGGUAAAUUUACAUAAAGAUUGCAGAUUUAAUAUUUUCCAUUGUCUCUGUUCUGAGUGCCAUGCUUUUAACAUUGAUAGGAGGUGGACACUAGGCAACUGGUAUUAAAAGUUCAUUUUUUUACUGAAAAAUUCAGGUACAUUAGCCA